AUGCCACCUCUCUCAGAAGAACCGACACUUGCGCCCAAUACGGCCAGUCAGUCUGACGACGGAAAGAGGACUUCAGCUGGCAAGCAAACAAAUAUGGAUACGGGAGUGACACAGGCUGUUGAGAAGCCUGUGCAAGAUGAGAAGCAGGAUGAACUCACUAGACAACCAAUUGCGAAGCCCACCUCCGGCAAAAAGCUCGAUAAAGUUGAUACACGAGACGACGGUCAGAAGUACCCAAAAGGGACGAAAUUGUACAUGAUUAUCCUUGCGUUGUGUCUGAGUGUGUUUGUCUUGGCGUUGGAUAACUCUAUCAUUGCGACAGCCUUUCCUAAGAUCACAGACCAAUUUCAGAGUCUUUCAGAUGUUGCGUGCUUACCUCCUUACUACCGCUGCUCCGCAACUCCUUUUCGGCCGGCUCUUUACGUCUUCAUCAAAUUUGUUUUCCUCUCCUCCAUCUUUCUCUUUGAAGUCGGUUCUCUGAUUUGUGGUGUUGCCCAAAACAGCGUAACCCUGAUCGCAGGUCGCGCCGUCGCUGGCAUCGGUUCAGCUGGCAUUUUCUCUGGGGCGCUCACCAUCCUCGCUUACUCAGUUCCACUUGCCAAAAGACCUGUUUACUCUGGAGCUAUCAGCAGCAUGUACGGCGUAGCCACACUGCAGUGGGGAGGGACGGAGUACAACUGGAAUAACUGGAGAAUCAUGCUCUUGUUCUGCGUGUUCGGCAUCUUUAUCAUCGUCUUCAUUAUUGAUCAGUGCGUGGUUGCCUCGAUUGGUUAUGGAUUAACGACUCUUCUCGAGCCUGACAGCAGCGACGCGGAAUGGAUUGGAUACCAAAUCAUCAUCGGUAUCGGUGUCGGCGCCGGCUUCCAACAACCCCUGAUGGCUGUGCAGACGGUGCUGGUUAUCUUGGAUAUCCCGACAGGAACGGCGGUCAUUGUCUUCUUGCAGACCCUUGGCGGCGCUCUUUUCGUAUCUGUAGCCCAAAACAUCUUUGCCAAUAAGCUGGUCCAUUACGUGGCCAAGUACGUGCCCGAGCUUGGGGAUGCAUAUUUUGUGCUUGCUGUCGGCGCCACCAACGUCAAGGAGGUCGUUCCUUCUGAGUUCCUGCCUGGCGUCAAGCAGGCGUUUAAUGACGCAUUAACACAGACAUCCGUUCUGUUUGCUGCAUUAGCUGCAACAAGCAUUCUUGGAGCGGCGUUUGUUGAAUGGAAGAGUGUGAGGGGAAAGAAAGUGGAGAUGGUUGCUGCCUGA